AUGUGUGUCCUGCACCGAUCACACGAAUCGCCAACACCCAACUCACUCCCAGUGCUCCUCGCUCCCGUCGUCACCCUCCUCGCCCUCGCCUCGUCGGCCGUCGCCGCUGGCCCGUACGUGAUCAAGGCCAAGGCUGGUGCCAUGUGCCGCUCCAGCCCGCGCAUCACGAACGGCAACAUCGUCAAGAAGUACGUGUACGGCGCCCCCGUGACCAUCACUUGCACGGCCUACGGCGACUCGUACGCGGGCUACACGCUCUGGGACAAGACGAGCGACGGCUGCCUUUGUGCACGACGCGCUCAUCAAGACUGGCACCGAGAACCCCGUCGCGGGGUCGUGCUACGAGCGCCCGUGCAACCCCCGCGUGGAGAUUUGCCGGGCCAAUGA